UCGAACGCAGGCCUUCACAAUUCUGGUGGAAACACCUCAAAGCAGCAGUAAACUUAGACGAAACAAGUGCGAGUGCGUGCGUUCAUCAAACCUCAUGGUUGUUGCUGUUAGAGUAUAUAAAAAGUCAACACCGAAUGGUAAGGUUACAAUUUACCUGGGAAAAAGAGAAUUCGUAGACCAUUUAGAUUACAUCGACCCGAUUGAUGGAGUUAUCGUGGUCGAAAAUGAUUAUCUUAAAGGAAGGAAGAUCUACGGCCAAGUGGUCACUACGUACCGCUAUGGCCGAGAGGAAGAUGAGGUUAUGGGAGUUAAGUUCAGCAAGGAAAUGGUAAUCGCAGCGGGUCAGAUUGUGCCAAAGAAAAAUGAAAAACACCAACUCACCGCUGUUCAAGAAAAACUUAUCAAGAAACUGGCACCUAACGCUUACCCCUUCACAUUCCACUUUCCCGAAAUGGCACCUUCAUCCGUAAUACUUCAGAAGGGCGUUAAAGAAGAAGGAAAGCCGUUAGGUGUAGAGUAUGCACUUAAAAUAUACGUUGCCGACAACGAAGAUGAUGUGGGACAUAAGCGGAGCACCGUUAUAUUAGCAAUUAAGAAGAGUCAAUCGACUUCUGAUGUUCAUUCUAAUCGCCAACCAAGCUCCAUUGUAUCAAAAGGCUUUACUUUCUCAAGCGGAAAGAUUAAUUUGGAAGUUACGUUAGGCAAAGAGAUAUAUUUCCAUGGAGAAAAAAUUGCGGCUAACGUUUUGGUAACGAAUAACUCGAGAAAAUCUGUGCGAAAUAUUAAGGUCUACAUAGUACAACACUGCGAAAUAACAAUGGUAAAUGGUCAAUUUUCCAAGUACGUCGCAGAAUUGGAAACACGCGAAGGAUGUCCCAUAACUCCAGGCGCUUCAUUUAAAAAAACUUUCAACCUAACUCCUUUGGCUUCCAGCAAUAAAGAUUGUCGAGGUAUCGCUUUAGAUGGUUACCUUAAAGAUGAGGAAAUGAACCUCGCCAGUUCCACUCUGGUUCCCGAGGGAAAAUGUGCUGCAGAUGCCAUCGGCAUUAUAAUUUCGUAUUCCUUGAGAGUGAAAUUAAACUGCGGUACCCUUGGAGGGGAGUUGGUAACCGAUGUACCUUUAAAGCUCAUUAACCCUGCACCUGGGACAAUUGAAGAAGAAAAGGCGAGAUCUUUGAAGAAACUAAAAUCAAUCGAAAUCGAGUACAAGAACAGUUUCGCCGAUGACGACGACUAUAUUGAAAACUACCCCCGCAUGGGCAAUAAUCAAUCGGAUUAAAAUCAUCGAAUUAUUUAUGUAUAUUACGUUAUCAAUCAAAAAGCACGUAGGUACAAAGUUAUUAGUGGCUUAGUUCUAUUUUUUGUUUACCUACAGUACAUACAAAAUAUGAAUAGUUUUUAGAAAUAGCCCUAAGUGAAUUCCUUGUAUGUAGGUACCUAUCUGCAUUAAAAUAUAUGGAAGUAGCUUAACUGUAAGGCUCCAUACCAGACGCACCUUUUAUUUACAUUAAGUAUGUAGUGCUUUGGUUCUAUUUAAAAAUAUGUGUAACCAUUAUAACUUCACUGUUGCAUAGUUACCAAGUGUGAUUACAUGUGCUUAUAUUAUCACCAUUAAUAGUAUCUACUGAAAUUGUACUAAGUUUAAAUAAAGAAUAAAAUUCUUCCUUCAGAAUUGCA